AUGAAGGCAUCAUUUCUCUGCGGUGGCCAUGUGCCCUAUGACAAGAUCGAAGACCAAGAAAGUUUUGAUAGCGAAGACAUUUCAAACGCAGGUGAAGCAAUCAAAGCAUCCGAAAACCGACCAGAGUCACGCCCCAUCGAUCGCAUCAGAAAGGGAAAUGUGACUCGGCAAGAGGUCUUGCUUGCAGUCAUCCUGGUAGCGUGGGCCAUCACAGUCUUCGCUGCCCUUUCACUAUGGCAGAAGCUCAUUAGAACAGAGGGCGGAACGCCGACCGUAGCAUCGGUACCGUAUUUUCCGGCCCAGUACAUUUAUUGGGGACCUGAUUUGAUCAUGGGCGAUGUACCCACGGAGGAGAGCGACCGGGCUUGGGAAGCACUCAUGCCCAAUGAACUCACAUGGCAUUAUCUUGCAGUUGGAAAGGGGUUCGUCAAUGUCAAUGACGACCCGCACAAUCUCUCUCAAACUACUAUGUAUGGUGUCUCCGCAUACCAUCAACUUCAUUGUCUGUAUAUGGUCCGCGAGCGAGUGGCACUGACGAUACCGCCCGAAGAGGUCGAAACUUAUCGCGGCCGGCUAAGAGAAGAUUACGAGAUGUAUGGAAGGGCGGGGGACAAAAAGUCGAACCCGUACGCAGCAACACUCAAUGCCCAUGGUAAACAGCACAUGGGAUCCUUACAUCAUGUGUUUCACUGUAUGGACUAUCUCCGUCAAGCAAUUAUGUGUCUCGCAGACGCUACAUUAGAGCAUAUCGAUGAGGGAGGAGCUCCAGGAUGGGGGGACACUCACAGGUGUGGCAAUUGGGACUCCUUGACCAAGUGGUCAUACGAAAAUCGUGCCAAUAGUUCGAGAACAGGAAUCCAUUAA